AGCUAGCUGACAAUUCUCUGAUCACAUUUGCUCUAGUGUUCCUUUGUCAAGAGUUUCCAGACAGCCCAAACGGGUGACUUGCCACCAUGAUGCUUGGAGGGUUAUCUUCUACCAAGCCUGCCACACCGGAAGUCCAGAAGAUAGCUGAUCAGGUGAAGCCACAGCUGGAAGGAAAAGAAAACAAGACCUAUCAAUGUUUUACAGCCACAGAAUAUAAAUCCCAAGUGGUUGCUGGAACGAACUACUUCAUCAAGGUUCAAGUUGGUGAGAAUGAUUAUGUGCACUUGCGGGUGUUUGUGAGCCUUCCUCAUACAAAUGAAGGAAUAACAUUUACUAGCUAUCAAACCGGCAAAACCGGAGGUGAUCCACUGACCUAUUUUUAAAGCAGUAAUAAGGAUGAUUUCUAUUGCUCUCCCUGAAGGCUGCAAGCUUCCUCUGCCUGUGUAUCAGUGAACAGAUAAAAGUAAAACAAAUAUGAUCUUGACGAAUAAUUUAACACAAAGGUAGUCUUUAUGGCAGCAGUGAUUGCUGCUAAUUUACAAGGGGCCACUGAGGAAAUGUGGCAAUUGUACUCAAAAAAGCAAAAAGCUUAUGCUUGAUACUUUUGGGUAGUAAUACAUGGUGCUAUUUGUUACCAGAUUUACACGUCA